GCGUUUGUUGAGGUUACGAAAGAAAACAUUGUCAGUGGAUGUGAGGCUAGUUAUUUGAGGUUCUAAUUAUUUAAUAUAUUCUAGCAAAAAUGAAUGUAAUUUGCAAACAGUUAGCGCGACUAAAUAUUACACAAACAUUUUUACAAAACUCCUGCAAAGUGUUACCUAUAUCAUUCACAUCGAACAAAUUUCAUACAACCGCCACUAACGAUUCAAAAUGGAACAAACAUAAUUCGGGCCCACAGAAAUGGUUACAAUAUAACAAAGUUGUACAUCCACCACAAAUGCCGGAUGAAGAGCCACGCAAGGCUUAUGUAUGCCAUAUGAGGACUAACAUCAAAUAUAGUCCAGAUAAAAUGUGGUAUAUUGCGUGUUUAGUCCGCGGUUUGUCGGUAGAUGAAGCAGUGAAACAACUGAGUUUUGUGCUUAAAAAAGGUGCAACGCAUGUGAAAGAAGUAAUAUUAGAAGCACAAGAAAUGGCAGUUAAAAGACAUAAUGUAGAAUACAAGAGCAACUUAUGGAUUGCUGAAUCAUUUGUUGGUAAAGGACGCGUUAUUCGUGGUAUAAGACGACAUGCUAGAGGGCGCACCGGAACUGUUGAAUACAAAUAUUGUCACUAUUUUGUACGUUUAGAAGAAGGUGAACCACCAAAACAUUACUAUGCAGCACCAGUAACACCACAAGAACAAUUCGACAAUUGGGUACAAAUAAUGAGAAAUCGUAAAAUUACUAGUUCUCUUUAAAUUAUUAUUUGUAAGAUGCAAUAAACACACGUUAAAAUAAUA